AGAAUCCCAACGCACGCCGCGCGCUUCGAAACUACAAGCCCCAAACGUCACCACGCCCAUCCAAUCUGAAUAUGUGGGAGGGGAGCGUCCGCCCACAAAAGCCACAGCAAUUUUUUAGUGUGCCUCAAACGCAAUUGUGCAUCAAAAAAGUGAAUUCCGCCGAAUAUUCUCACACAAAUACAUCCGGGAUAGAAAAAAAGCGGAGCGGAAUAGCCCGCGCGUGAUGGUUCGGCAUUCAUAGAUAUUUAAAUUGAAGUGGGUGGGCCUUCGCGCAGACGGAGCUCUCUGACAGAUCCGCGCAGGAAUAUUAUUUAACUCCGGAUCUAACAGCGCAGAUAAGGCACGCUUUGGGACCGCCACCGUUCGACCCGACCCGCUCGGACUCGCCUGGCAUUUUGUGCUCCGUUAUUGACGGGUGUUUUUGCAUUGGCACCGCCCUUCCUGGCGGGGUGGGUCCGUGCGUCAGAGCUGCGCCACACUCUGCGGCCGCUGGAGAAAAUAGGCCGUCCUUCUGCUGGGCUGCUGCCUGCCUUCCACGGCGUCCGGCCUUUUUUCCUCUUAAACAACUCCUCUCCGGGUUUCAUUAAUGCGGAAUGAGUGAUCAAAAGAAGCAAGCCAUGGCCACAGAUGGGGGGAAAGCAGGCGGAGGUGAAGUUGGGACGAAAGGGAAAAGUUCUGGAUUGCAGGUAUCACAAAUGUCAACUCCAAUUCAGCAGCAGGUGGGGCUGGCGGCCAAUGAGGGCGCGGCGGGGCGAAAGGUCAAGGUGGUGGGUUCGAAUAACGCACCUGGCUCACAGCAGCAUCAGCAGUUUCAAAUCAUCCAGGUGCAGAAUCUGCCGAACUCGUCAGGCGGGAUCCAGUAUCAAGUCAUCCCGCACCUUCAGACCGCCGACGGACAGCAGAUCCAAAUAAGCCCUAGUAACCCCGCAACCUUAAGCGUCCAGCCCGAACAGAUCCAGCUCAUUUCCACUGGAAACAACCAAGCCAUUCUGGCCACGCCCCAAAGGGCGGGAUCAACCAGCAUCGUCACGCAAAACCAGACGAUUCCGCUUCAGAUCAGGCCGUCGUUUCCUUUGCAGCUGCAAACCAUUCAGGGUACGCAAGCGCCUAUGGUGACCACGUUACCCAUUAACCUCGGCGGCGUGACUUUGGCGCUGCCGGUUAUCAAUAACAUAGCUGGGGGCGGAGCUUCAAUUCAAUUCGUCCAAUCGGGCGACGGAAGCAUUUCCAACGGAAACCAAGCAAGCACAGCAGAAUCCACAGGCGUUUCGACGUUCACGACGACCAGCGAUACGAUCGUCGCGACGUCUACGGAUGCUACAGCACCCGCCGGAACUGAGAGCCAGAAGGACGGUCAGUCGGGCGAGUCGGACGCCCAGAAUCUGGCUCAAUCCAACGGCCUGCAAUCCGUGUCCGAGCAGGCCGGCCAAAUCCAGCAAUUCCAAAUCGUGGGCCAUCCGGUUCUCCAGCAGAUCCAGAUCCAGUCGCCCCAACAGCAAGUAGUCCAGGGCUCCAUACAGAUCCAGCCCGGCCAGACUUUACAACCGAUGCAGCAGAACCUCCAGCUUCAGGCCUUCCAGAAUCCCACGCAGGUUCUGAUCCGGACGCCCACGCUCACCCCGUCGGGACAGAUCAGCUGGCAGACCGUCCAGGUCCAGAAUGCGGGCGUGCCCCAGCAGCUGACACUCGCCCCCAUGGCGUCGAACGCAAGCGGGGGGACGUUCACUCAGAUCGCCCCGCUGACGCUCGGCGGGUCGCCCAUCACGCUCAGCGCCGCCCAGCUGCCCUCUGGGACCGGGGUGCAGACAGUGAACAUCGCAGGUUUGGGGGCGGCUGGAGUCCAGGUGCAGGGCGUCCCGCUCACCAUCACCGGCAUGCAAGGUCAGCAGCAGGGUCAAGAGGGGGUCAAAGUUCAGUCGACCCCGAUGACGGUCACCGUUGGCAACAUCAGCAGCACGACCCUGAGUCCAGACCAGAUGGGGCAGGUCCAGAGCCCGUCGGACCAGGAGGGUCAGCCCAGCAAGAGGCUGCGCAGGGUGGCCUGUUCCUGCCCCAACUGCAGGGACGGAGAGGGGAGAAAUAACAGUGACCCAUCAAAAAAGAAGCAGCACGUGUGUCACAUGGAGGGCUGCGGGAAGGUUUACGGCAAAACGUCUCACCUGAGGGCUCACCUGCGCUGGCACACAGGAGAGAGGCCGUUCGUCUGCAACUGGAUCUUCUGCGGGAAGCGCUUCACCAGGAGCGACGAGCUUCAGCGGCAUCGCAGGACGCAUACAGGUGAGAAGAGGUUCGAGUGUCCGGAAUGUUCCAAGAGGUUCAUGCGGAGCGACCACCUGUCAAAGCACAUCAAAACCCACCAGAACAAAAAAGGUGGGGCGGCACUUACCAUCAUCACCACAGAUGAGAUGGAGGAGGAGGUGGAUGAGGUGCUGGGCUCACCGAGGAUCGUCACCGUGGCGACGCUCUCGCAGGAUUCGAACCCGGCCACGCCCACCACUUCAAACAAUUUAGAGGAGGAGUUCGAGUAGUUUUCCCUCCAAAAAUGAUCGGUUGAAAGCACCACAAUAUUGUUUGUCGGUUUGUUUAUAUGUUGAUUUGUUUAUGUUCUUCAUUCUUUUUCUAUCGAUGAUGGACAGCUGUUUGAGCGCACUCGGUUUUUUUCAUAUGGAAAUUUAAUGCUAUCAAAUAUUAUGACAGAAUAAUCUAAUGGAAAUAGUAUGAGCUGUUAAGAGAUGCGUUGAACGAUGGCGUUUGUUUUGUUACGAGUAGCACAAGAAGUACUGAAGUUCCCAGAUGCUCCUGAAGAUGUCGCUAUGCACAAAAAUAAUAUGUAUAUCUGUUUCAAAGUGGUUUGUAUGGAAACUUGUUUCCACCACAGGAUAAAAAAUUAAAAAGGUA